AUGACUAAAUCAGUAAGCUUGAAGGAGAUUUAUAGGAUGAGCACUAAAAUACGAGCCGGAGGAACAAUCUCCGUGUGGGAGAAGCGCCCAGCGCGCCGCCCGCCGCCCUCCCCUCCCGGCGCCGCUCGGCCGAACAAAGGCGGCAGCAGCGGCGGGUCCCCUUUGUGCUCCGCGGGCCGGGCAAGGGGCGAGCCCAGCGCCCGCCCCGGGCUCCCCGCCCGGCCAGCCCGACCCGGCCCGGUUCGGCACGGCAGCGGCUCGGGAGGAAGCGCUGGCUGCGCGGCGGGCGGGCGGCUGCCAGCGGCCCGGGCCCUCCCCGCCCCCGUCUCCUCCCCUCCGCCGCCGAUCCUCCGCCCCCUCCGCCUUCUCCUCGCGGCGGCGGCGGCGGCGGCUCCCUCGGCCCCGGCUCCUCGCUGUUCUCCGCGGCUUCGCCUCGCUCCUCUCCGGGGGCUCCCGCGCCGCGCUGCCCAGGACGGCAUUGCUGCAGGGAGCCUCUGGGAGUUCCAAGGUGAAGAAAUCUGCCUUCAUCUGGAGGCCUCUGCUAAAGGUGAAGACCUCCUAACGCGCCAGACAGCCUUAGCAGGAGUUCAGAAGUCUUACACCAAGGCAGCUGGGGACUUCCUUUCCCUCGUUCUGGUCCACAAGGAAUUACUGGACAGGGAGAGAGAGAAGUUCCUGCAAGAAGUAAGGCAAGGACAGGAGCUUCAGAAUCCUCUGGAGCAUUACAUUCCCCUGUUUGGAGUGCAGACAAGAGUUUGGCAUUCUGCUUUUACAGAUCGCUGCCGCUCGCUCGUGGAGCGCAGAGGGGACGGCGAGACUCCCACAUCUUUCAGCGAGAAGAAAGGAGCCAGCAGAGCAGACUAAUAGGGACUUGUGUCGGGUGCCCUUGCCCUACAAAGGCUG